CAUUUUGCGACACCCCCGUGUGACACUCGGCGGCAGUGAGGCUGUCAUGGCGUCGCCCUUCAGUGGGGCACUACAGCUGACCGACUUGGACGACUUCAUCGGGCCAUCUCAGAAUUGCAUCAAGCCUGUAAAGGUGGCUAAGAAGCCAGGAAGUGGCAUAGCCAAGAUCCACAUUGAAGACGAUGGCAGUUACUUCCAAGUGAACCAAGACGGAAGAACCCAGAAGCUGGAGAAGGCCAAGGUCUCCCUGAAUGACUGCCUGGCGUGCAGCGGCUGUGUCACCUCAGCAGAGACAGUACUCAUCACCCAGCAGAGUCACGAGGAACUGCGGAAGGUUCUAGAUGCUAAUAAGGAGGCAGCACCUGGUCAGCAGCGGCUGGUGGUCGUUUCCAUAUCGCCGCAGUCCAGAGCAUCACUGGCUGCCAGGUUUCGGCUGGACCCCACAGACACUGCCAGGAAAUUAACUUCAUUCUUCAAAAAAAUAGGGGUCCACUUUGUCUUUGAUACUGCCUUCGCGAGGAACUUCAGCCUUUUGGAAAGCCAAAAAGAGUUUGUGCAGCGCUUCCGAGAGCAAGCCAACUCCAGAGAGGCCUUGCCUGUGCUGGCUUCCGCCUGCCCAGGCUGGAUCUGCUAUGCUGAGAAGACACAUGGCAACUUCAUCCUCCCCUACAUCAGUACAGCCCGGUCCCCACAGCAGGUUAUGGGCUCCCUGGUCAAAGACUUCUUCGCACAACAGCAGCUUCUGACUCCUGACAAGAUCUACCAUGUAACAGUGAUGCCCUGCUAUGAUAAAAAGCUAGAAGCAUCCAGACCUGACUUCUUCAACCAGGAGUACCAGACCCGUGAUGUGGACUGUGUCCUUACAACAGGAGAAGUCUUCAGGCUGCUGGAGGAAGAAGGAGUCUCCCUCACGGAGCUGGAGCCUGCGCCCCUGGAUGGCUUAACCAGUAGUGUGUCUGCUGAGGAGCCCAGCAGCCAUCGGGGCGGAGGCUCAGGAGGCUACCUGGAGCAUGUGUUCCGGCACGCAGCCCAAGAGCUCUUUGGAAUCCACGUGGCUGAAGUCACCUAUCAACCCUUGAGGAACAAGGACUUCCAGGAAGUGACACUGGAAAGGGAAGGCCAGGUACUGUUGCGCUUUGCUGUGGCCUAUGGUUUCCGUAAUAUCCAGAACCUCGUGCAGAAGUUGAAACGAGGCCGCUGUCCCUACCAUUACGUGGAAGUAAUGGCCUGCCCUUCAGGUUGCUUGAAUGGAGGGGGCCAGCUCAAGGCUCCGGAUACAGAGGGCAGCGAGCUCCUUCAGCAGCUGGAAAGACUGUACAGCAUGGUGAGGACUGAGGCGCCCGAAGAUGCACCGGGGGUCCAGGAGCUGUACCAGCACUGGCUGCAAGGAGAGGACUCAGAGCGGGCCAGCCGCCUGCUGCACACACAAUACCAUGCCGUGGAGAAGCCCAGCUCAGGCCUGAGCAUCAGGUGGUAGGAGGCCUUGAGUCUGUGAGACCCCCGGGGCCAGCACCAAGACUCACGGAAAGACUAGACUGUGUGGGUAUCUGAAACAAAGCCCACAGGAUACGCCCGAGACCCUCAAUUCAAGGAGAGCUCCAAGGAUGUGUUGGACUCUGUGCUCCAGUGGGGCACUGGCUGCACGUGGGUCCUUGGAGAUGCGUGACCCAUGUCUCUGGCUGGUAAUGUUGCCUGCAGCCCACAUAAAGUGCAGGCAGGAUCAGAAGUAGCCAAGUAGGUUCACUGAGGUUCCAGACUCUUCCACUGGCCUGGGGCCAUGGACAUCUUGUGAGCCCUGCCCUCUGGCUGUAGUUGUCUGAGUGUGAGGGGUUUCAUUUCUAUGGCUAAUCCCCAAAGCUGUAACACAUAGGGCAGGUACCUACUGAGGCACCCAGGCUUCUAAAAACUGUUCUCAGGACCUUGGGCUCUGGGCAGUCUGUCAGUACCAAGCCUUUAUGCCUAUGAGAACUCCAUAGCUGGGUCUCACCACUAAUAAACAGACCUGCACCUCUGGAAGGAUCCACUGUGUGUCUGGUACCACACUGGGCCUUUCAAAGUUUUAUUCACCCUCCUCAGUCCCCAGGAUAUGUCUCUGGACCCACAAGAGCUCCUACAGAUCCCACUUAUAGGGCUCCAUGAGCAGUAGAGACAAGACACCACUUGCUGGUUCUUCAAAGCAGGGUGGCAGGGGUCCCUGGGGGAGUGUGGGGACAAGCCGGUUCCCCACAUAGUUCACUUUUUCUGGUGUGUGCUCAGAAGCCCCCACUGUAAGGCCAGGAGUGCCCGAACCUGCGGCUGUGGUGGCUCCACAGCAGGCUGGAAGCGCGCUCGCUCCCUGCAGAGGGCCUCCAGGACCUGGGCUGGGGCCACCUGGCCUGUGAACGCACGGACUGCAUCCUCUCUGCAGGGAAGAAUAUGCUGGGGAAUUGUGGGGCUGGCCAGCUGCCCAUGGGGGUGGGGCCCAGCAGGGCGGUGGAUGGAAGGAGGGCCCUUAAUAAAUGACCUUCUCUGGUGCCAGGGACAUUCAGCUCAAUAAAUAGUCCCUAGAUACCCUC